GUCGAUCGGCGCUCGGGGCACAUUAAAACAUCUGAAAAGCCGGACAAGCCGAGGUUUGUCGCACUUCAUGCGGAGGUGACACGGCUGGACGGUGCGGGGAGGACGGCUAAAUGACUCCAGCUGGGACCGUGAGAGUCUCAUAAUCAAUACUAGUAUCAUCUCUAAUAACGGAAGUAACUGUGUGAUCUACGAGUUGAAAUCUCUUUGAAUCAUAAUCUCACUUGUUUGUAAUUCAACCAAAAUUCAUCAUGCCUCUCAGGACUAACCUUCCGGGCCAUCUCGCAUCUCGCGCCAAUGAAACAGCGCGCAUAGCGUCGGCGUCCGGAUCUGCAGCGGAUAGACGCCAUGGGCUUGCUGAACUCGCUCGAGAUGAAGACAUCCAGUACAUUGUCGGCGACUGGAUGUCAGAGUACAACAUGACAUCAAGGGGCGUCGCGAAAGCGACUGACCCAAUAAACUCAUCCGAAUUUGAACCGUCGUUCCUCGAGGCGAUCGAGCCUGCGCUGCAAUACGUAGAUGCCAAGCGGAUCAAGCUUGCUGUCAAUGCCGGCGCAAGCGACACGAAGAAGUUACACGACGUCCUGGUUCACAUGAUUAGCGAAAAGGGCUUGAAGCUCAAAGUUGCGUGGAUUGAAGGCGACGAGGUGAUUGAUGUAGUUCGAAAGGGGCUUACGUCCGGAGAAGGAUUUAAGAACCUGACGACAGGUGAAAAUAUCAAGGACUGGCCCUACGAACCCGUCUAUGCUCAGGCGUACCUGGGCUGCUGGGGUAUUGUUGAGGCCUUCAAGCAAGGGGCUCACAUCGUCUUGUGCGGUCGUGUCGCUGAUGCUUCGCCAACAAUUGCUUGCGCAGCAUACCACCAUGGUUGGAAGCGCGAUGACUAUUCGCAGCUAGCCCACGCGCUCGUUGCAGGUCACUUCAUCGAAUGCACCACCUAUGUGACGGGCGGAAACUUCUCUGGGUUCAAAGACUUGCCUGGUAUAUCUGUCGAAAUUGGAUUUCCAAUUGCCAAAGUUGAGGCAACUGGAGAGUUUACCGUCUUCAAGCAAGCUCGAACGGGAGGCAUGGUCACCUUGGAGACGUGCAAAGCUCAACUCCUGUAUGAGAUACAGGGCCCCUACUACUACAACUCGGAUGUUGCGGCUAUCCUAGACAACAUCAAGAUGACGCAGGUGGGAGAGAAUCAAGUACGAGUCUUUAACGUCGGCAGUAUGAAACCUCCUCCGACUACAAAGGUUGGGAUUACAGCCAAGGGCGGAUACCAAGCCGAAGCACAUUAUUUCCUAUGCGGCCUCGACAUCAAAGAGAAGGCGGCGCUAUUUGAGCGUCAGCUUCGCCAUGUCCUUGACGAGAAGUCGUUCUCGUGUCUCAACUUUAGCACGAAUGGCUCUUGUCCAGAGAACCCCACGAACCAGGAUGCAGCAACAGUCGACCUUCGCAUCUUUGCACAAGCGCGGGAACAAGCAACGUUAUCGCCAUUGAAGUUCCUGAAACCAAUCGUGGAUAACAUCAUGCAAAGUUACCCAGGUGCAACUUUCCACCUAGACACGCGACAGGCAAUUCCAAAGGAAUACCAUGAGUACUGGGUUAGUAUCGUACCCCAGAACGCAAUAAAGCACGUGUGCCAUUUGCCGUGGAAAAGUCAAGAGGUCGACAUUGAACCCCCGCAAGAUACGGUGGGCUUUUUGUACGACCAGCCGACGUAUGAGACCAAAAGCCCGAUCAAUGUCACGACCUUGGGGCCAACGACAAGAGCCCCGCUUGGGUAUGUCGUACAUGCGCGGUCGGGUGACAAGGGAUCAGACAGCAACGUUGGGUUCUUUGUGCGAAAUGCCGACGAGUGGGAUUGGCUGCGGUCGGUCUUGACGGUCGGCAAAGUUCGUGAAUUGCUGGGAGAGGAUGACAAGGGAAAGCCGGUUUUCCGAUUUGAGCUUCCACAUCUCCAUGCUGUGCAUUUCCUCUUGAAGGAUCAUCUCGACCGCGGGGUGUCUGCUAGCUCUUCUUACGAUUUCUUGAGCAAGAACUUGGCAGAGUAUCUAAGAUGCAAGCAGAUCGACAUCCCGGACAGGUUCAUGGCUCGCGGAAGGAUUUGA